AUGGCUCAAGGAGCAGCACAAGGAGCGGCUAAUGUGGCUCAUGGAGCUGCAAAUAUGGCUCAAGGAGCAGUACAUGGUGCAGCUAAUGUGGCUCAUGGAGCAGCACAAGGUGUAGCUAAUGUGGCUCAUGGAGCUGCAAAUAUGGCUCAAGGAGCAGUACAUGGUGCAGCUAAUGUGGCUCAUGGAGCAGCACAAGGUGUAGCUAAUGUGGCUCAUGGAGCUGCAAAUAUGGCUCAAGGAGCAGUACAUGGUGCAGCUAAUGUGGCUCAUGGAGCAGCACAAGGUGUAGCUAAUGUGGCUCAUGGAGCUGCAAAUAUGGCUCAAGGAGCAGCACAAGGUGCAACACAAGGUGCAUCUAAUGUGGCUCAUGGAGCUGCAAACAUGGCUCAAAACACUGCUGAAGCUGUUAAGAACACUCUGGGAAUCAAUCACCCUAGCAACACCACCACAGGCACUGCUUCUGCUGACAAUAUUACCGAAGGCGGAUCCAGAAUUUAA